AUGAUCAACCUGUCAGUGCAGCAGGUCCUGAGCCUCUGGGCCCACGGGACGGUGCUGAGGAGCCUCACGGAGAUGUGGUACUGGAUCUUCCUGUGGGCCCUCUUCUCCUCUCUGUUUGUCCACGGUGCUGCAGGAGUCUUGAUGUUUGUGAUGCUGCAGAGGCACAGGCAGGGCCGCCUCAUCUCUGUCGUCGCCAUCAGCAUCGGAUUUCUGGCUUCUGUCACUGGAGCAAUGAUUACUAGUGCAGCAGUAGCAGGCAUUUACAGAGUAGCAGGGAAGAACAUGGCCCCUUUGGAAGCACUGGUCUGGGGCGUGGGACAAACUGUACUUACAUUAAUCAUCUCCUUUUCAAGGAUCCUCGCCACACUUUGA